AUGUUCGUUCCUGGAAAACCGAAGAUCAAGACGAGAACCGUCCUCGUCAAGAAGGCGCCCGUCCCCGCUCAAAGACCAUCGCCGCAGCCGCGCACACAGUCAAGACCAGCCAACGGCGCCCGCAGUCAUAGUUCAUCAGGGCCUCCAUCAAAUCGCUUUCAGUCGACCCCUCGUUCGCAAACAGGCUCGCGAGAACCCACACGCACGUCAGUAACCGUGUCGCGUGUCGACACCCGUAAGCGCAAGGGAACCGAUACCCCCCAGUGGGCAAGCAGUGACGAGUCCAGCGAUGAGGAGGAUAGCGACCACCUGGGCGUCAAGCGCCGCAAGACACGGCCUGCCAGCAGUAGUACUGAGCCUAUGAGUUUGAACCGCGCCCUCGAACCAGAUCUAAAGCGGCGUAUACGGAUACAAGACCCAGAAAAGAAAGAUGCUGUCAACGGGACAGCAAACGGGGACACCAACGGCACCUCGAAUGGCACACCAGACCAGAUGAUCAAGCUGGCCCAAGAGAACGCCGCGUUCCGGAAGAAGAAGGCUAUAGCCGGCAAGAGUACCUUGAAACACGGUUAUGAGAUGACAAAAGACGAUGGAGCAAAGGCCUAUAAGCCAGCAUUUCCGAGUAGCGACAACAAGUUUGUCAUGGAGCUACAGUAUCCAAGCCCAUCCCGGCCAGAAAAGUUCGAGGCGGUCGCGCGCAAAGAGGUGGAUGAGGAAUACAGUCCGCUAGAAGACAUCUACUUCAGCAUCGAGGAGAUUAUCCAGCACUAUCUCCCGCCAGAUCUCUCCGCAGAGCUAUCGUCUGAUGCGCUCGGCACCGUCCGCCUGCUCAAGCGCGCCGUAACCAAGGAUGACCCCGACCUUUUUAAGCAGGAGCUAGCCAAGUUCAACAAGCUGAUCAAGGACCGAUAUAGCGACGGCACAAUACCCCGCAUUCUCGACGAUAUGCAUGCCAUCCCCCUCAGCCUCGUCAAGCGCAUCACCGCCCAAAGCUACAACCGCAUCGUAUCACCCCAUGCCCACCGCUUACGUAAGGUCGAAGGAAAGGAGACGACGUACGGCGAACUCCUCACCCCCUUUGUCCAUAAGAUCUUCGCCCAAACCGGCCUAAACUCCACGCACACAUUUGUUGAUCUCGGCUCCGGCGUCGGCAACGUCGUCCUGCAGUCGGCCCUGCAGACUGGCGCGGAAAGCUGGGGCAUAGAAAAAAUGAAGCUCGCCGCCUCGCUCGGCUCCCAACAAGCCUCUGAGCUCAAAGCGCGCUCAAAACUCUGGAACAUUGCCCUUGGCCGCAUCGAACUCAUCGAAGGCGACUUCCUUGAAAGCCCCGAGAUAGACGACGUGCUACGUAGAGCAGACGUCGUGCUUGUCAACAACAAGGUGUUUGGCGAAACGCUGAACAACCUGUUGCUGCAAAAGUUUCUAGACUUGAAGCAGGGCUGUAAGGUUGUUAGCUUGGAGAGCUUUGGCGGCGGCGCAAAGCAGGGCGUGCGCAACGAACAAAGCAUUGCCGGCCUCUUUGAUGAGGAACGCUAUGAGUCCGGUACUAACAGCGUGAGUUGGGCAGGAGAGAGCGUCGAGUAUUUUAUUGCGACAAAGGCGCGUUGA